CUAAAAAAAUAUUUCCUCCAUUGUUUUAUGCAUACCGUGUAAAGAUUUAAGCUUUCUAACUUGAAUUAUGAUCCACCUCAUUAUAAUAUUUAUAUCGAAAUAAAUUAUGACUCAUCAUCAUUAUGAUCUUUUCCCAAUGUGGAGCAAGUGUUAAUAUAAAAAAAAAACAAAUUACAAAAAUACGCCUCGAAGCGCAUCUUGUAUAGACAACCUGUGUGAUAGUAACCAACAGGUAUUGUAUUUAAUAAUACAAACAAGGAUAAGUGUAAGCAAUUUUUUUAAAUAAAUCAUAGCAUCUAAACAAUAUUUCACAUAAAACAAAUCAUACAAUUAGUUUGAGGAGCUUUCUACAAUUGCUCGCCGUGGCAUAUUUUUCCAUCGUGUAUCAUAUAAAAUGAGAAAAUAAUUCGUUAGCUAGGCGGCAAUUAUGGCUUCUGGUCUGAUUAAUGUCAAACAGUUUAAUUGAAGAAAAUCGAUAGAACAGGUUAACCUCCGUUCUCUCGAGUGAAUUGCCCACAACAACAACAAUCGAGUACACGCCCAAGGCUCUAUGGAAAAACAGUGCUGUAAUUGUAAGCCUAGACGAUCGAAAUCUAGUUAAAUAUUUGUUUUAAUCAGAAAAAUACAUAGUUCGAUAUUUGCGCCAGAUGAUUUCUAUUUACAACAAGUGCCACGCCACACGGGUUGGAAAAUCCGGGGUAAAAACCACAUGUGGCUGAUACAAUUCGUUUACGCAAAGAACUACCGCUUUUUUGCUUCUUUCUUUACGCACUGAAUAUGGCUUUUCGUCCCGAUGGCUGUUCGUUUUUCCACCACGAUGAUUACCGACCCCGACCUCGAUUAGUGAAUUUUGUUUUCCUGGAAAUGGUGUAUAAAAUGCAAACACUGUCGAAUGAACUGAGAGAGAACAAUGCGCUAAAACAGCUGACUCUGUGGCACACUUAUCGAUUUAGGGCGCGGUCAGCCCGGGAUGAAAUGGUCUACGUUCCGGUAGAAGGCAGGAUAUGUUCGUGGUGCAAAUUGGCACACCGUUUAUCAAAAAGCAUUUUGGAUUUCGAAUAGAAUUGGGUCACCAAAAUAUGGCCGAACACUCACAAUCACUUCGCCACUUCCCUUUUCACCCCUUUGUCAUAAAUCCGUUUAUGCUUUAACAACACUGUGUCUGCCUAAAAUUUACAUUUUAUGUGAAGCCGGUAGCGAUUCGUUCGUUUAUGGCUGUCGAAAAAGAAAAACACACGACGUCGAUAAGCGUCAUAAAAAAUUCUUUUCACUCGGAGAGCUGCUGUGAGAUCAUCUCGGUUGAUCGCGUACGGCUCAGGUGGGGCACAGCACUGUUGUUUGUUAUCAUUAAGUUCGAAAUAUUCUUUCCGUACGUGCCGGUUUGCGAGAAUUUUUACCCUUUAACAACACUCGCUAGUCUAGAUCCUGUGGGUUGGUACCGUUCAUGCUCGUUGUGCCAUUUUUGCACUGCAUUUUUCCGUCCACGCCUGACCUGACUGAAUCCGUUGCGUGGUGAAUCAUCGACGAGAAGAAUAGAGCAAAAGUGUGUUUGUUUUUUUCCCCGCUAGACGCGUGUGUUGUUUUGCUGUAUGUUCAUAUCAUGCCACUCGUUUCUGGUCGUUACUCCACCUAAUGGUGGUUUUAUACUCCCUUUUGCGUGUGUCAUGUUUGGGAUACAUUAAUUUGGUUCGUUUCGAAUUUUAGAAGCAAUAGAUUUUUACAGUUCAUUUGUGUGUGCUUCCCGUUCGGCGAUACAUUAAACGGGGUCUCGGUAGACCGCAAACAAGCAACAAAGAAGGAAGGAGUAGAGGGAGAACAAUCGAUCGUAUUUUUUUUUAAUGAUUACAUGCAAACUUGUACAUGUGGAUAUGGGCGAAAAACAAGACACGCGGGUAGCGAAGGUGGAAGCAUCUCGACCCGGUGAGCAUUAUUCAUUCCGAUCGCCAAAAUGACAUUGAAAAAAGGUAACGGAAGAUCGCAGCUUACGGUAUUUAGUUUUCAUUUUCGUGGGCUCGCAUAGUUCGUCUAGUUCGUUUGAGGGUUGGUUUUUUGGCUGUUGGGAGCUUCUUGUUUUUGGUUGACUGCUGAUGUUUGCUAAUUUGUUUGGUAAACGUUUGGCAUGAAGAAGGAGUUGUUUAGUGACAAGCAGCAGGUUUGUUACAGGAAGAAGAGUGUCUUGGUUUUUGUGUGUUGAUUUUAAUUCGUGAUUAUUUACACGCUUGGAAAGUUGCAAAUUAAUUAGGAGUAUAAAGAAGACACGUUUUGUUUUGUAUUUAUUUGGUUUAUUUCGCAAUAUUAUAGGAUAUUAUUGUUUUCAAAGGCUGGAAAAAGCCUUCUUCUUGGCCUAACGACCGUCAAGAUCGUUUCUGGCGCGAGAUUAGAUUUAAUUUUACCAUGUAGUCGGAUAGGCAGUCUUUGCUAAGGGGUGGGACGGGGUGACGAUUUAGAUGAGAUUUAUUUUUAUAGAAAAAGUAUUUAUUGGUAAUAAUAAACUUGACAGGAAUUGAAAUGACACUCUCGUGAGUGAUAUGACUCGUUCACGAGUGAGUGAGUAAAGAGUGAAAUGACUCUUUAAUGGCUUAUUGAGUCUAAAGUGGCCGUGAAGAGUCAUGGCUAGAAAGGGACUCUUUCAAGGGAUGUUUAACUCGUGAGUGAUAUAACUCUUACAUUAAAGAGUCUAAAGUUGCCGCAAAGAGUAUCGACUCUUUAGUGAAUGAAUUUAAAUCAUUAUUAAACGAAAUCUCUGUGAGUGAGUUACAUCGUAAACGAGAUUACUACUCUUUGUGGAGAUUCGAAUUAGUUCGCUCAUCAGAGAGAUUUAAUUCACUCAGUGAGCACAUCACUACUACAGAUCAGAUCAGAUAGCGAAAGUCUUCAAUACUUCAAUAUGGUGGCUUCAUUUGCUUUUCGCCGAAAAGGGAUGAUACGAUUUACAAUCAAUAUUGCCUAUGCCAAUGUAAAUGUUGUAUUGAUUGGGUGGCGUCAAUGGCCGUGCAAUUCCGUAACAUUUGUUACGUAUGACGUUACAAAUCGCUGUCAGUGACAUCAUUGCUUCACUUACCCAGUGAUUCGUGUUCCAAGAUUUUUUAGAUCCUGAUCGUGAGGAGUUUGUUUACACGAGCCUCUUUUCCAUGUAUGCAAAACGGAUGCGACGGCUCGUGCCGAAGCUGUGAUAAAUCUGUACAAAGUUGUACGAAAGGUGUAAACAAAUAUGAAAACUGAUGGACACAUGCGUAUUCCUAAUCUCAUUAUUGUUUUAGUUAGGGCUAAAUUUAUCUUCAAAUUAUUAUGUUUCCCUCAAUGUUCUUAAUCUAUUCUGCUGUUUUAAUGACAAACUAAACGAUAUCAAAAUUUUAAAAUAAUUUUCCCUUUUGUUUCUUUUCAGGUAAGUUGAACUGUUUAUUCGGAUUGAAAUAAUUUUUACAUACCAACUGUACGGGUAAGACGUUUUUUAAAUUAAAUAACCCGAAAAGUAAUUAAUCCCGGGUUUUUCUUCCAUAACUCUCAUCAAUUCAAUAUCAUUGUAACUUCGUUUGUUGUCUGAUCGUUGUGAGCAACAACUGAUUCGUCAUUUUAAAAAAUGUAUCGAAGGGCAGACUAAGGUCCCCCGAUGAAACUUCUUCCCAUGAUGCAAGUGGAAAUAGAAGCUGCAAACUGUACAGCGUGUAUCGAAUUUGCUUGUAAUGUGCAAAGGUUGUGAGAAAGAUCUGCUUUUUGCGUGCCAACCGUCCUUCAUCGGUUGGAAGCUGCUCAUCUUCGCAUGUAUCGAUCGUUUCGAUAGGCAAAGAACUUCCAGAGCUUUUGUGAAAAGCUUUCGUGAGUAGAGCUCGUUUUGCUCUCUGUUAACUAAAGUCAGCGAGAGUUAGUAAACCUGCAUCGCGCAUCUCGCGAUGAUAAAGUGCUUAGAGACCUCUUCGCGCAUACGAAUCCCCACAUCGGCCGAAGCGCAAACCGAUCGAUUGCCUUUCUCCCGGGCCGCUGCGAGAUUCGCACCGUACUCUCGCGCUCGCUUUUCGUUCGAGCUUUUGCGCCCCGAAUGCGCCCGUGGUGUGGCUCUCCUGUCGAAUACAAUUACCACCAACCCCCCCAGACAGAGCAAAUGACUAUAGGGGUGCAUGCGUGAGCGCCCGUUCCACUCAGUCAGUAUCGGAGGCGCGCUCAGUGAAGACGUAUGUCGUCUGCGUCGCGACAGUUUUACGGUUUUUCCCAACGCUCUCAAGUUCUCUUCACUCCCUCCCUUCGGUUUCCCGGUGACUGCAUUUAUGCGCUUUUGUUUGUUUUGUCUGUCGGAAUUGUACGAAUUUUCCAUCGCGGCAUCGCUUUCCAAGUACGCGCGAACCAUCGACAACCCUGUAACGUCCAAAACAGUGCCAACAAAUCUAAGUCAGUGUUAGUGUUUGUGAAUGUUUUUUUUUCGCUUCGUUUCUGUGUCUUCUUGUUGGUCUCAGUUUCUUCCAUAAUAAUACACCAAAAACCAAAAUUACAGUUCGUUUACUGGUUGCGUUCAUGUGACGGCUGAGCCCAUACCACAGCGUGGCUAUUUGCAACACCACCGUACCAGCGCUUUCCCACUUCGGUUCUUGCCACCCGUACCACCCCUUUCUCGGUUCGACCCAAGUUUUCGUUGCAAAGUUCGCGCAGUACGCAGCCAAACCGGGCGGGAGGGGCAUGUUUUGUGAGUUGCGCGCGUAACCCACAUUAACAUCCGGCCAAAAUCGGACAUUGUUUUGACGAAUGAGAAGAAAGUGCAGUGAUACAAUACUUAGCAAACGACGAUAAGCGACGAACCCCCGUGUUUUAAUGGUUAUUUUAUCUCCACCUGCCACACGGCCAUAGUGUAAAAGUACAAUCCUGAAGCAGCAACAGCAGCAUUCGUGAUACGCAUCCAGUAACCAUCUUGCCAUUAGCCGUAGUUCCUGCAAGGAAUUACCCGGUCGUUCCUAGGUGUUUGUGUGUGUACGUCGUGUGUUAGUGUGUAUUUUUUUUUAAAUUGAUCGUGUGCAAACAAAAAGAAACAGCAAGUUGAUUUUUCUCAACAUAAUUCCGUUCGAGCGGCUCGUAUCAACGGUGACCCAUUCCAAUGUGACUGAUUCGUUGAGUGCCAAUGCGGACCAAUCGAAGCUGGAUGAAAGAGUGUAAUUUUGCGUGGAAUAAAAGCGUGGCCACAGCGUAAAUCGUGAAAAGUGUAUAAACAAAACCUGCAAAAUACAGUGCGCGCGCAUUUGUGGCGGGGCGUAAAGCCCUUCGACGAUAACGAUUUUGGGUUGAAUUUAAAUUCUUUCUACAAACACACACACACACAUCAUGUCAGCGGUACCGGUCGUUUGGUGUUCCGAUCCGAACUCGUCGGAAAAGAAGCAACCGUUUGCGCUGCAGGGUAUCCAGCUGCAGGGCAACAUUACGGAGAAGCAUGUGCUCGCGAUGAAGGAAUUGAUCAAUGCUGCGUCGGAAGGUCGUCUGCUGCUACCUACCGAUGGUGCCAUUGUCCUGCUCGAUUGUGGGCUCAGUAUUGGCAGUAUGGUGAUCGAGGGUAAGGCGGGCAAAGAGGUUGCCGCGGCAUCCAGCAAGACUGCAGCAAACGCUAGUGACGGUGACGAUGACGCUGUCGGUAAUCAUAAAUCAAUUCUGCCGUACCGUUCUGCCGCGGCCAAUAAUUGUGUACCGUCGCCGGUCGACGGACGAGACUGUAAUAAUCAUAAUAGUAGCGAUGAGUCUGAUAGAAUAGCCACUAGUGAUAGGGAACGGCGGCUGGAAGCGACCGAGAAGCUGCGCGUCAUGCUCGAGCAGCAGCUGGACGGUGGGGACAUUGAUCCGGAUCAGCCAAAUGCAACGGUAUCUCAGCGGGUGCAGGGUGAGGAUGGGGGUGAAAGGAUGGAACGUGGUAAUGGUGAAGGUGAAACAAAUCUAGACGAUCGUUUGGGUGCUGUUGAGCGGGAGAUUGAUUUUCCAAUCGAAGUAGACGUUAAACAUUCGCGUCCAAAUGAGCUUAAUGUCGACGGCGUAGAGCAGGAGCAAGAAGAGGAGGAGGAAAGUGAAGAACCCGGCGCAGUAGAACGAAUGGGUUCAUCCCUAGGAGGGGCAGGGCCCGAACUCCUAUACGAAUUUUUGUGCUGUGCCAAAUGUAUGAACGAUCCAUCGUCUAGCUGCUCCAAUAUGCCGAGUCAUCGAACACGCAGCCUAACAGCGCUUAACAACAGCUCCAAGCUGCUGUCCCGGGUACUGAACGGUCGUGCAAAGGCACGGCUAUACUGCGAUCCGGUUUAUAGUAUUUCAAAUCUAUACUUUAAACGCUUCAUUAAUUACAAAAUCACCAAAAGUCGACGGCCGGUAAUACGCAAAACUUCAAGUCGAAGUGAUCGUUCGUCCGGUGGAGAUACUACUGCUGGCGGGUUCAGUACCUCACCCGAUGGUGGUGGUGGAGGUGUUAAAAAGAAGCAUUACGUCGAUGGGUCACCGGUGUACGCGACCGUUAACAAGAAGCUGAAGCUUAAAUCACGUCUGGACGCACUUCGACGUAGUGGUCACAUGGUGGAAGGUAGUCCCGGUGGUCGAAGAUUACGUGCAGAGCGUGGCAAUAGUAGUGGCGUUUCACGACAGAUGGGGAAAGGGCUUGGAGCGCAAGAUCCUAUACCGGAAGUUGCCAAUCCAUUGCCGGAAAUCUUCAUCACCGGAACGUCCGGAUCGUCGACAAAACCGCUGGGUAGCUCCAGUAGAAAGACAAGCUUCGACUCCACCUGUACGGUUAGUUCGAUGGAUUCGGGCUUUAUUGAUCAGCAGCAGCGUCAGCAGCUUAAGCAGCAGCUACAGCAGUUACAGCAGCUGAAAGUAUGUCCCGGCGCCGCAGAGGAACAAUCGCCGGCAGGCAUUGGUGCCAGUGAACAGGAGGAAGACGAUGGUAGCGAUCGGCUGAAUGAUCUGUCCCGUGUGCAGAUCAAAGAGUGUCUAGUGACGCAAUCGCGCAAUCGGCGCAAAUCAUACGAAGAGUUUAAGUCACUGUUUCGGCAGGAAGUAACACCGGCAACUGAUGCUGUUGGACACGCUGGACGCACCAACAACACGGCCGGGUUGCCACUGCCGAGCGUGGACGAGAAGGAAAGCGUUAAGGCAAGACGCAAGUCAUACGAAGAGUUCAAGGCGUUAGUCAAAAUUUGUGAUACUAGCUUUAGCAGUUUAAAAUCGACGGCAGAGGAGGAGCCGGAAAAGGAGGAACAGAAAGAGGAUGGAACACGUGAGCAGGACCCGAGGACACGACGAUCGGCAACGUUGCCCGCAUCUCCAACCACCAACAACAGCUCCGUCGGGAAUCUUUUCAAAAUGAAGCGUAAAAAUUCGCGACGUCUCAGCUUGAAGAAACCUUCCACGGUUGGAGGCACGGGAGGUGAUAUCCAACGGUCAGAGUCAGGUCGGGAGGUGAUGGUGAGGGGUAGCACCAUUUAUGACAUUCUUCGUAGCGAUCGGAAACCUUCCGUGCCGAGUCCACUGAUCAAGGAUCUCGGACCGCUAGCGCUCACCCGAACGGCGGAUGAAAUCUAUCGUAAAAACUAUAAAAUCUACGACAAGCUGAUCUCGUACGGUAGCAAAGCUUACAAGCGAUACGACAAGUACAUGACGUACGGUACAAUCUACGAGAUUCUGCAUCGCAAGUCAGACGCUGCCGAGGAUGUGUUUCUGCGCAAGCGUGCCCUUUCGGAGAAGUACGCCAAACGCAAGGUCGGUACGGCGUCCCACUACGGUUCGGUAAAGUUGGGUACGAUCUACGAUAUUUUGCAAGGCAAACAUCAGCAACUACAGAUCGAUUCCAGCUUGCGGAAAAAAUCGGCACCCGGUCCGGAUGAAUUACCGCCGGCAACACUUUCCACGAUUUACGACAUCAUACACUCGAAAAAAGCUGCGGAUCCUUCAUCGCCUAAAGAUAAGACAGGCAAGAAUCGAUUUUUGGUGAAGAAAAUCACUGAAGAGGAGUUACACUUAAGUAACGAAAAUAACCGUAACGAGCUUAACUUGACAUCCGGACCAGUUCCUACGAAAGGUGUGCUGGAUGCGAAUAGCUCACCGAAGACUUCCGAUACUGCAGCUGACAGUGGUCCACCUUCUCCCGACUAUACGACUCCCAAAUCGGUUGGACAGGCAAGAAAACCUGCCCGUACGCGACGCUUCUCGAACAUUCUCUCGUACAGUUCGCAUACAACUUCACCUAAAGCGUCGAGUGUGACGACCAACCUCACACCGCCCACCAUUGAAGAACCUCGCCUCGACAGUCCCCGUUUAAAGCAGAUAGCGGCUAGUGAUGAGGAUCUGUACAAAAGUGCCACGGCAAAGUUGCGUGCCGCUCAGCAGCAGGUUCAGCGCCAUCAACUCUCCGUGGAUGAGCUCUACGCGCGGAUCGGUAAGCUGCGAAAAUCAGCCACCGUUUCGUCGGCACUUUGCACCAAAAUUGAUGAAGUUAUCGGUGAAGGUGGCGAAAACUUGGCAGACCCGGUUAAAGUGUUGGAACCACUGCAACCUACCCGUGCGCGGCAUCAUCUGAAUGUGCCCGAGCGACGAGAGCUUGGCCCGGCGGAUGAAAUUCAACCUGGGACGAUUUUUAAAUCCAACUCGCUGGAUAUGCUCGCACCCAAGAAGCUGUCAAGAACGGCACGUUGGAGUAAGCAUAUGCACGAUGCGGCAAAUGGGUUGAGCGGUCCCAUUCGCAAACUAUCGCCAUUGAUCAUGCCGAUGAAAAAGGGUGGCGGAAUAGGCGAUCAAAAAAAGAGUACGCGACGGUUGUCCGAGUUUACGCGGGGUGAAUUUCUCAACGAGAAACCGUAAGUUUGACAUUCUUUGUCAUCCCUUGUGUAUACAUUCAAUGUGGCUCUAUCGGGUAAGCUUAACUAAACGCAACUCUCUCUAGGAAGAAAUAUAAAACGACAUCAAAGCGAUGACUCGUUCUUCUGGCCGUCUUAACUCACCAUUAACAUCUGUACACAUCAGUCUAACAUCUGUCAGGUGCCGUCAAGAUGGCAAUGUAGGACAACUGCACCAACUUUCCAUAAUGUGACCAUCGCGAAGCGCCGAACGCACACCUCUUGAGUGGCUUUGGGUGGUCGUCUAAAAAUAUCCACCCCGGGCAGCGCAUUUCUCGAUAUGGAUCGGAACUUUGAAAAUCUAAACUGUCUGUCCCUUUAAGCAUAAAAGCCGAUCGAUCACACGGCCAGUUUCCGUCGUCAUCACACCACAAAAACGGUGCAUUUCUUGUGCGCACCUUCGCACCGACGUGUGUGUGAUUUGCAGAAUUUGCUUUCCAUUCUGGCUAAAAAUAGUUUUCGCAGCAGUGUUCGAAGAUGGACCUUGUGCCGCAGGUCUAACGAGCAACAAGGCGUGUUUCAGGGCCACACGGGGCAUAUGAUGGUAAUUAGAAAUGGCAUGCACUGAUCCGCACACCAACCAGGAUGUUAGGAUGAGGAAGCAUUUCUAUUGCGCUUUGAUGGGAGGUGGGAAAAAAAGGGAAAAUAACUACAGGAGUGUGUUGCAAAAGAUCGAUGUUAAAGAAACGGGCGCUUGUUUAUGACGAAGUGUACCACGUUUUUCUCCACACGUCAGCUGUGCGGGAUGGGAACAACAAAUUAUUGUGGAAGUGCGCCCUUAUGCGCGAACCAGCUCCUGCCGCGUCUUUUAUCCAACCCCAAAACGGUUGGCCUUCUUCUUCUGCUUGCUGUACCGAUCGACGUGGCUAAUCUUUCAUUUAAUGGGCAUAAUUCUCCGUAGCUGAAGAGGAGACUCAUUGCACAGCACGGACAAAGAAGGCGUGAAGGUGUCUUGUCCCGUACAGUCUCGAGUACACGGAGGGAGGGAGAGGUGUUGCAAGGUAAAAUUAAAAUCCCAGAGAAAGAGAAGGCACAUCUGUCACUGUGGCUGACUCCCGGUCUGGCGACUGUGUCCGUGGUUGCGCGCCAUCACCAGUAGACUGUGAUGGUGAAGAUAAAACAGUUUAAUUAUCCGCAACGAUAAACAUGCAGUUAUCCAGCCCGCCCCACCAAUUCCCUCUUUCCUCCGUUACGCUUCAGUGCAUAUGUCACUUCUAUGCACCUCAUUUCCUGCCGAGCGCUUAUCAUCCGACGAUUUGCUGCAUUUUAAUUAGAAAAAUACAUCGCUAAAAAUAGCUAGCCCCCCGGGGGCAAGUGAUCGGGAUGCUUCUCAGUCUGCACAACCUUUCUCCAGCUGAAUGGAGAUCCCCGCACAAGCGAUCCGAGACGGACUUUGAGGGAUCAUGGUGGUCGUAGAUCGAUUUGUUGUGAAGCGUUCGAUCGAAACCUGAGCGGCGCCCCUAUCAGUUGGCGCCCUCUCUAGUUCGCGUGCGCCCGUGCAGAAGGAGAGAAAAGGGGAAGAUAUUAUUAGUUAUCUAUUGCAUAUUUAUCGACCAUCGGCGUUGGUUUUUUUAUGUGUCUAUGCGUGGUCCGGUUUCGGACGAUACAAGUUACUCCCGUUUUCUUCGAACGCUUCGGAACAACCCUCCCGUCCGAUUGUUGACGGGGCUGAUGAUUGACGAGAUGGGAGGGAACACAUCGUCUCGUCUGGGCACAUUCUUCUUUUUGCAAACAAUUUUCACUAAACAUUGCUGGUAGUUGCUUUGGAGCUUUAAAAUAUGCUCAAACGGUGCAUUCCUCUGAGUAGUGAUUUGAAAAAAAAACUCAUGUGAAAAUGGAAAUUGAUGUGUGUAUGCACCGUGCCAUUGCGGAUGUGAAGCGAAUGACCUGUUACAGUUUAAGGCAGACUAAACAAAAGCUGAAGGUUGAUAGAAAUUAUAUUUCUAUUCACAUUAUUAUGAACAGGAUAUUCAUCAUUAUUCUAGCAUUAUUGUAAUUAAAUAAUCUAGUAGAUUUUGUUUUUUUUUGUUAUUACAAAAAUCAAGAAAUUAGUCCAAUGCGAUCUUUAAAAAAAAACAGAAAAAUGAAAUUCAUUGCUCGAUAUUUGCGCGAUUGUAUGACAGAUAUUUUCGACGAACUUACGAGAUUUCCCCUGAUUUAAAUUCAUUUUUAUGCGUUUAUCGUUCAUUACAUGAGUCAUUAGUGUUAUUCACUCUACCUUCAUUUGGCCGUUUUUGCUUGUCAAUAUUGCUAGCUACAAUUUAGUUUGAAAAUCUGUCCUAGUAGAAAAGAAUGAUGGCUUUAAUUCUGAUCGUGAUGAUCGUGAAAAUGAUCUUUAUAGAUACAAUUUGUUUUGUAUGGAACGUCUCCAAUUACUCAUUGAGGAAAUAGAAGCGAUCGCUUGUAAAUAUAUUUAUAGGAGUACAAAUAUGAGAUUAGCAGUUUCUAUUUCAUGUUAUAGCCGUUGCCUGGAAGUAUCAAUAAUGUGGAUUUGGUUCACUACAAAGUAUCGUCCAUCAGAAAUAGCGCCAAGAUCUUAAGAUUGAAGCAUUCUAUGCUAAAGUAUGAUCGACCUCAAUAACGGUAGCUGCAUGUGUCUUUAAAUAAAAAGGACUCGUAACAGAAGAGUUUUGACAUCUCAUGAAAUAGUAACGAAGAAUAAAAUGACAGUUAGGUAUCGAUAUUGAAGAAUGACUAAACCGAACAUAGAUAAACAUCUAGUCCAUAUUGACAGUUAGGCCUCUGAUUAUAACAUAAAUUUACAUAGGAGGAAAUAUUCUUUCACUUUAACAGAAGCAUCAUUUGUGUGAAUAUUGCUAUUCCACAGUACAGUUUGUCCUGAAUAAUAUCUCACCAAGAAUGCCUAAGUGUCAGAAAUAAUCAUGUCCAUGUCAGAACAGACUACUUUGAGAUCUCAUUACUCAAUUAAAGGCUAUUAACUAUUGAGUAAUUGUGAAUAUUUUGACAGUAUCUAUCAUUAAAAUAGUUCUUUGGUUUGACUGCAGAGGGCGCCAUUAAAAAGAAAUAUUGGCCAUAUUUUUCAGUCGCAAACCGCGGAUUUAUUCUGAAAUAAUGUUCCGAUGUUUGAUACAUCGCAAGAGAUUUAUUGAAGACUUUUUUGUCACAAUCCUAUUUUAAAUGUGACAAGACUAUUAUCCGAAAAACAUUGAAACCCCAAGAAUUGAACUUUUUUUU